CUCUCCAUGGAGGAGAGGAUGAGGAAGAGGCCGGAGAAGAAGAAGAAGAUGAUGCUGUCAUCCGUUGUCACCGACCUAAGUGACUGAACAAGAACCAUGUGUUCAUCCUGAGGUGUCGCCGCGCCGCGUGAGAGCCUCGAGAGGACGAUGGCGUCCCGGUGCACGGAGCAGGCCGUGCAGGAGUUCCUGCAGGAGAGAGGAGGGAGGGUCCGACAGAUGGAGCUCAUCGAUCAUUUCCUAUCGCGUCGGGGGGGAAACGGGCAGGGCGGCGAGGGGGAGGACCGCGAGGUGCUGAAAGGCAUCGUUGACAGCGUGGGCUUCGUCCAGGUGGAAAACGGGGUGGAAUUCGUGUGUUUGAACAGCGAAUGCAGCGCGAGCGCGGCGAUGCGCGCGGACGCAGAAUGCCACGAGCACGGGGAAUGCAACGGUAACGUCCACGAGACCCUGGACAGCGACUAUGUCAACGGCAAUCCUGACAACAGAGACCAAACAGGAUCAACAUCUCCAAUGUCUUCCAGCCUGGAUAAUGACAAGCACUCAAAUGGCAAUGAGCCGCUUGCAGCCCCACCCCAAAAUAAAUCCAACACUACGGUGCUUACCCCCAGUGGAGGAGGCGAGGUGAAGCUUCGGGACAGGAGGAGGCGAGAGUCCGCUCCGGUUAUUGGAGUACCAGACCUGGACCAGGCUCCUGCUGGAGGGUCACACAGCCAGCAAGUGAGAGGGGCACGCAGGAUAUCCAAAGGGUCCCAGCGGGCUAUGCUGACCAGCUGCUUAUCUGAGGACAGUGCGUUGGAAGGACUGGACGCUAUUGGAGAUAUCAACACACCCAAAGGAAGCCGCAGGAACUUUAUAGAGUUGAUGAUGAGCAGCUCCCCUCAGGUUCGACGAUCUCUGAUCAACCGAGGCUCACGUCUCCGAGAUUCUGUGAGGAGUGACGGCGACUCGACUUCCCUCCUCUCCUCGGCCACCGAUGAGGACUGUGCCUCAGUCACGCUGGACCCACUGGAGCAUGAGUGGAUGCUGUGCGCCUCAGACGGCCUGUGGGAGAGCCUGCAGCCCCUGCUGGCUGUCGAACCGAGCCUCGUGGCCAAGAGAGACUUUGUGACCGGCUUUACCUGCCUGCACUGGGCUGCCAAGCAGGGCAAAGCCGAGUUGAUCUCCCAGCUGCUGGCCUUUGCCAAGGAGAACACUAUACCUGUGAAUGUAAACGUGAGAUCAAGUGCUGGAUACACGCCGCUACACCUGGCCGCCAUGCAUGGACACACACAGGUGGUCCGUGUGCUGCUGUCAGACUGGGAUGCAGACCCAGAGGCUCGGGAUUACAGCGGGAGGCGAGCCAUCCAGUACCUGUCGCCCCCGCUGGCCGCUGACCUGCAGGAGGAGGGCGUGGUCACCUCACCCGGAGCCGAGUCCGACUGCGAGAACGCCAACGGCGGUGGCGGCGGAGGACGUGGGUGGAGGUUCUCGAAAGUCCUGCAGAGCAAUCUGAACCCUCUGCGACUGCUGAACCCGCCGUCGGAGGCAGCAGAGGAAUCUGGGAAGGCGAAGGGCGGCAUGCAGAGGAAGUCCUCCCUGAGCCGGCUGAACGCCCGGCUGCACCGAGGACGCCACCGGGCCCAGAUCAUCCACAGCGCCUCCUUCAGGGACACGGGGGAGGUGGGAAGAGGAGAGGAGAUAACCAGCAGCCCUCUGAGAACGAGGCCGCUGUCCAACCUGUUUGGGUGAAGGUUCCUCACACUGAAGCA